CCUUUCUCUGCUUGCUCUGUGUGUGUCUGUGUGUGUAUGCGUGCGUGUGCGCGUGUGCGUGUGUGUGGUGUAAGUGAGGAAGGGCUGGUGGCUUUUUUUCUCUCUGUAUUAAUCAGAAGCUCUGAAUGAAAGCCAAUCAGAGAGAGAGCUCCCCCGUUCGCUUCGCUUCCCUGCAGUCCAGAGUUAAAAGUGAUGCUGAGGAAAAGCUUGAGUUAGAUUCAAGUAGAACCGGGCUUAUAAAAUUACAACAGAAAACAAACAAAAAGCGGAGAUAGUGGCACAAUCUUCGGCGUUUUGGGGGUUGGAUGCUACUUCCUUCUCCUGAAGGGGAGUCAAAGAUUGGGAAAUAUGAAUAAAAUAAUGAUUAACUGUUGGAAAAUAAUUGGAUACCCUAUCUACUAGAAACUCAUCAAAAAGCAGUCCAGAAAGACAUUGCUGUUCUCCCAUCAGCUACAUCGUGACCUGUCAGCAAUUGGAGCACUAUGACAAUAUACAGAGUUAUACUAUUAUUUCUGCUCUGGGUGCCAAAUUUCUCCUCUACAGAGAUGUUGUUUAGAAGGACUUCUGAGCCCCAAACAAAAGUUGUGAAGACACGCACAUCAGGGAGAGAUGGAAAAGUGCUACACCGUCAAAAACGUGGUUGGAUGUGGAAUCAAUUUUUCUUACUUGAAGAAUAUACAGGAUCUGAUUAUCAAUAUGUAGGAAAGCUUCACUCAGAUCAAGAUAAGGGAGAUGGAUCACUGAAAUAUAUUUUAUCUGGAGAUGGAGCAGGAACUCUUUUUAUUAUUGAUGAGAAAACAGGUGACAUUCAUGCCACUAGGAGAAUUGAUAGGGAAGAAAAGGCCUUUUAUACCCUUCGUGCUCAGGCUAUUAACAGAAGAACUUUGAGACCAGUGGAACCUGAGUCUGAGUUUGUCAUCAAAAUACAUGAUAUCAAUGACAACGAACCAACGUUUCCAGAGGAAAUCUAUACUGCCAGUGUUCCUGAAAUGUCUGUUGUAGGUACUUCUGUGGUACAAGUCACAGCUACAGAUGCUGAUGACCCUUCCUAUGGGAACAGUGCCAGAGUCAUUUACAGCAUACUCCAAGGACAACCAUAUUUCUCCGUGGAGCCUGAAACAGGCAUCAUCAGGACUGCUCUGCCAAACAUGAAUAGAGAAAACAGGGAGCAAUAUCAAGUUGUUAUCCAGGCAAAAGACAUGGGCGGCCAGAUGGGUGGAUUAUCAGGGACUACUACAGUGAACAUUACGCUGACUGAUGUUAAUGACAAUCCACCUCGAUUCUCCCAGAACACAAUCCAUCUUCGUGUUCCUGAAUCUUCCCCAGUUGGCACAGCCAUUGGCAGUGUAAAAGCAACAGAUGCUGACACUGGAAAAAAUGCUGAAAUAGAAUAUAGAAUUAUUGACGGAGAUGGAACUGAUAUGUUUGACAUCAUCACUCAGAAGGACACCCAGGAAGGCAUCCUUACUGUGAGAAAGCCUCUUGACUAUGAAAGCAGAAGACUUUACACUCUGAAAGUUGAGGCAGAAAACACUCAUGUGGAUCCACGUUUCUAUUACCUUGGACCUUUUAAAGAUACUACCAUUGUGAAAAUAUCUGUAGAAGAUGUGGAUGAGCCCCCUGUUUUCAGUAGAUCUUCUUACCUAUUUGAAGUCCAUGAAGAUAUUGAAGUGGGUACCAUCAUUGGUACUGUGAUGGCAAGAGAUCCAGAUUCUGCUUCUAGCCCUAUUAGGUUUUCCUUGGAUCGUCAUACUGAUCUUGACAGGAUUUUUAAUAUACAUUCUGGAAAUGGAUCAAUUUAUACAUCAAAGCCACUUGAUCGUGAAAUAUCUCAAUGGCACAAUCUUAGUGUUAUAGCAGCUGAGAUCAACAACCCAAAAGAGACAACCCGUGUAGCAGUUUUUGUCAGAAUUUUGGAUGUCAAUGACAAUGCUCCACAGUUUGCUGUAUUCUAUGAUACCUUUGUAUGUGAGAAUGCAAGACCUGGACAACUAAUACAGACUAUAAGUGCAGUGGAUAAAGAUGAUCCCUUAGGUGGACAGAAAUUUUUCUUCAGUUUAGCUGCUGUCAAUCCAAACUUCACUGUCCAGGAUAAUGAAGAUAACACUGCUAGAAUUCUAACGAGAAAAAAUGGAUUCAGUCGGCAUGAAAUCAGUAGCUAUCUCUUGCCAGUUGUGAUCUCCGAUAAUGAUUAUCCAAUCCAAAGCAGUACAGGUACACUUACUAUUCGAGUUUGUGCUUGUGACAGCCAAGGGAACAUGCAGUCUUGCAGCGCUGAGGCUUUGCUCCUUCCUGCCGGCCUAAGCACAGGGGCUCUUAUUGCUAUUCUUCUCUGCAUCAUCAUUUUACUAGUUAUAGUUGUGUUAUUUGCGGCUCUGAAAAGACAGCGAAAGAAAGAGCCUCUCAUCUUAUCUAAAGAGGACAUCAGAGACAACAUUGUGAGUUAUAAUGAUGAAGGAGGUGGGGAAGAAGAUACCCAGGCAUUUGAUAUAGGAACUCUGAGGAAUCCUGCAGUCAUAGAAGAUAAAAAGCUAAGACGAGACAUUAUUCCAGAAACAUUGUUUAUCCCACGGAGGACUCCUUCAGCUCCAGAUAACACAGAUGUCCGAGAUUUCAUUAAUGAGAGGCUAAAAGAGCAUGAUAUUGAUCCCACUGCUCCACCAUAUGACUCACUUGCAACCUAUGCCUAUGAGGGAAAUGAUUCUAUAGCCGAAUCUCUGAGUUCAUUAGAAUCAGGUACUACUGAUGGAGACCAAAACUAUGAUUACCUCCGAGAAUGGGGCCCUCGGUUUAAUAAGUUAGCAGAAAUGUAUGGUGGUGGGGAAAGUGACAAAGACUCUUAACCUAGGAAACAUUUUCUGUUCUCUCAAGAAGAAAUCAUUUUCCAGAUACCACCUCCACUCCUUUAUAAUGUUUGACAUUUCAGGAGAAUUUUCCUGCCACUCAGCACAAUAUAUUUUUCCCUUUUCUUUUUUAAUUUGUUCAUUAAUUUCAUUAAUUCUUUCUUGUAGGAUGUCACAUGGAGUAUAUACAGCAUUUUAUUUAAUCACUUCCAAGAGCCAAAGCUAUGGAAAUUCAGUGUUGUCCAUUUUAGUAAGUAAAAAAAAUACUUUCAGAAACUCGAACAGGAUAAGAUUCCCUUAAGCAACUUCAUGUACAAGCCGCUUCUGUUAGGUACCUGUCCUGCCCUUGCAAGUGCAGCUUUUAAGGAGGUGAAGAAAAUUUUUUUUAAAAAAAUUAUAUAUAUAUAUAUAUACAUAAAUAUAUAGAGAUACAUAUCCUGUUCUGUACAUUACAAUUCCAAAAAAAAAAAAAUGUACACUUGGUGUUAGUAAGUGUGAUAUGCAGCUGGUAUACAAAACUUUGUGCAACUUCAUUUCAUCAAAUUCUAUCUGCUAAUGUUUUAUAUUUAUAUUUUUGUAUUUAUUUUUAAGAAAUAAAUCAGUUUUUACAACUA